AUGAAAACUGAAAGUGAUUUCAAGUUGCCUGUGUUUAUGCAUGUUUACCUAUACACAGGAGUACUAAAUCUUACCGCCUUUGCUUGCAGGCAUUGCAGUUGCGUUCCAAUGGGGCGCCUGUUCAUGCCGACGGGACCGGGGCGGUGCUAUGUCUCCAGGUUCUCCAAGGCCUGUCUGGCGAUCGUUUCAUUGAUGAGCCUCUUCAGCUGCUGGCUCUACCGGGACGCCUUCGUCGCCUCCGGAGACUCGGCCAAGCAGCUCUCCGCACAGCUGCUCAGGGACUUCCCCGUCAAGACCUUCCUCAAGUACUGGGAAGACCACGGAGGAGGUGCGACAGCAGGAGCGGAAACGGGAGCAGAAACAGAAGCGGAAACGGGAGCUGGAGCAGGAGAAGAAGCAGGACGUCUUGCGGCAGGCUCUCCACCAGACUUCCACGACAAGAUGUUCACGCCCGUGCUGGAGGCGUUUCGGAAUCCGGACGGCCGGGAUGGGCGGAGGAAGAGCUUCAGGAGCGGCGACGUCCCUAAAGUCGUGGCCUACAUCGACAAGGCUUUUCUGAAGACGAAGUGGUUCGUAGCGCACGUCAGAGACAUCCAGGAAGGCCAUUGUCCGUUGCCUUGUACAAUCACGACGCAGCUGAGGAUUAUACGGGGUUUGAGUAGGUAG